AGCGGGGCAGGCGGCGGAGCGCCGCAGCAUGCGGGGCGCGCAGGGCUCCUCUGCGGGUGGGCUGCUCUGCUGCCGCCGCCGCUCCUUUUUUUUUUUUUUUUCCCUGCGUAUGAGUGUUUUUUUUUUUUUUUUUUCCUCUCUUCACCAACUUCCUUCCUGCUCCAACUGCCAAAGCUCGAGGCUGAGCGCUGACAGCAGAGGAGGACCCCGGCCGCAGGCGCCGCUCCGCCGACCAAGUGACCAUGACUGAGAAGACACAAGAACCUCACGUGGAGGAUGAUGAUGAUGAGCUGGAUGGGAAACUCAAUUACAAACCUCCUCCCCAGAAAACACUGCAGGAGCUUCAAGAGUUGGACAAGGAUGAUGAAAGCCUCGCUAAGUACAAGAAGUCCCUGCUGGGAGAUGGACCUGUGGUAGUAGACCCAACAGCUCCCAACGUGGUGGUCACCCGGCUCACUCUGGUGUGUGACUCUGCUCCAGGACCCAUCACCAUGGACCUUACAGGUGACCUCGAAGCACUCAAGAAAGAGACCUUCGUAUUAAAGGAAGGGGUGGAAUACAGAGUUAAGAUCCACUUCAGAGUAAACAGGGACAUUGUGUCGGGACUGAAAUAUGUGCAGCACACCUACCGAACAGGGGUGAAGGUGGACAAAGCCACGUUCAUGGUUGGCAGCUAUGGGCCACGGCCAGAGGAGUACGAGUUCCUGACGCCUGUUGAAGAGGCUCCUAAGGGUAUGCUGGCUCGAGGCACCUAUCACAACAAAUCCUUCUUCACGGAUGAUGACAAGCACGACCAUCUCACCUGGGAGUGGAACCUGUCCAUCAAGAAGGAAUGGACAGAAUGAGUUCACCCAGUUUGCCUUCCCCCUUCCCAUCCCCCUGCCUCCUGCACCAGUCUCCAGGCCUUUGCUGCUUCUUCUGACACACUGAAAACAACCCAGCAGUUCUCACCACCACCCCGUCAUGACACCAUAAUGGGUUAAAUUGGGAAGCAUCUCCCUCCCUCUCCCCCAGUACUUCCUCCUGUUGUCUCUCCCAUACCAACUCCAGUCCUGGAAGUGCCUUUUAGAGGAAACAAGAUCACCUGGCAGGGGUGGACUGGUCCCUGGAAAAUCCCUAUCUUGAGUUACACUUGCCAUGUGCUCUGACUCAUUGUAAAGGGUUACUUACUUCCUGUGAUGGUCUCCUGGUCUGUAUCUGGUGCCCUACCCUGUUAAAAUCCAUCCUUGUGCAGGCAAAGCCAGUCAGGGGGAAUGCAGCUAGAUGCCGUAACAUGACUUCAGUGUCUGAGAAUAAAACCAGUUCUUUCUUC